ACUACUCUCCCUUAGAAACGAGUCCUAAAACCUAAUUUGUAUUAUUAAAUAAGUGAUUGUUAAUGAAUUAUAUCUACGGAAUUGUGUUAAAUGAAAAUAUCGAUACUGUUGACAUAGAAUGUGCAAAAAAUCUAAUUUUAUGAAGGGUUUAACGAGAAGUUCCUGCAAACAAAGUAGGUUAUUUAUGCUGAGCACUUUAUUCCAGGUCUAUAAUGUUUUGGUAACAUGAGUUAUUCAAGCAUUUGUAAAGGAGAUGAAUCAAACAGUUCUGUAGACAGUAUUUCAGCAGAAAUGCAAAAGCUGCCUAGAGCUAAACCACUGACAAAGGCUCGUUGGACCAAAGAAGAGGAUGAAAGGUUAAAAAAUCUUGUAGAACUUUACCUGAAUGAUUGGUCUCUAAUAGCUAGUUUUUUACCUAAUCGUUCUGAUGUACAGUGCCAACAAAGAUGGCAAAAGGUUGUGAAUCCUAAUCUUGUCAAAGGUCCUUGGACUAAAGAUGAAGAUCAAAGAGUUGUGGAACUUGUAAAAAAAUAUGGCCCACAGAAAUGGACAUUAAUUGCAAAGCAAUUAAAGGGUAGAAUUGGGAAGCAGUGUCGAGAAAGGUGGCAUAAUCAUUUGAAUCCAGAUAUAAAGAAAACAGCAUGGACGCUUGAGGAAGAAAAGAUCAUUAUUGAGUGUCAUAAAAAAUGGGGCAACCAGUGGGCUAAGAUUGCGAAACAUCUUCCAGGAAGGACUGAUAAUGCCAUUAAAAACCACUGGAAUUCAACGCUAAAGAAACGAGUUGAGUUUGACAGUAAACUAAGUCCAAAUGAUAGCAUUCAAAAUGGAGAGUGUCCAGAGGAAAAUAAAGAUCAGAAUUAUCAAGAAUGUGAUUAUUCCUCAGUUCCCCAGUAUUUCUCAUCAGGGCCAAGUACUCCUGCAUAUCAUAUUCCAUCUAUACCAACACCACCGAAUAGUCAACCUCCUUACCAACCACAUAAUCUGAAUGAUUUUUCUGUCCAGUAUGCUACAUCCCCUCAGUCAGAAAAGGAUCUGUCAUGGUCUUCAAGUAAUAACAAUAAUUUGGUGAGUUCUGAAGGAGAUACCAAGAUUUCUGUUCCUCAAAUUUCUGAAGAGAGUAAUUACAGAUCUGCAACUAAUAUUAUAAGUGAAAACAAUCUGCAAUUUGAAGUGAAAGAAGAAAGCAAAUAUGAUUCGUACUCUGCAGAAACAAGUUGUGCAGAUGAAAAUUCUCCAGAGUAUCCUGGUGUCAUACCUUUGAAUAAUUCUAGUCCUUUCCAAAAAGAAAAUCAAGUUGUACCUGAAACACUUCCAGUACAGCAAUCCUGUUCUGAUAAUGUAUUGGUGAAGCAUUAUAUACCUUCUAUACUCCGUAAGGGAAAGAAAAAAAAAUGUCAACAGCCUUUGUCUGACUGCUCCAAUUUAUUUCAAAAUGACACAUGUGGAGUUGCUUUAUCAUCACAAUUUUCUAUUCCUGGCAUAACUUCAACUAAUCUGUGUGACAAUUUUUGUUUUGAAAAUCCUGUUGAUUAUUCUAGAACUGACUUAUUAGAUUUAGAAGAUUUAGACUCUAUAAUAUCUGCUGAUAUGAACUUUGUAAAUAGCAAUCAAAACAAUGAAACCUCUAAAAAUUGGACUGCUUUUCAAGAUAUGUAUAAUUUAUUGCCAACAAAUUCACUCACAACAGUUUUGACACAAGGUUCUAAUCUGAAUUAUCAAGUUGUUAGAGCUAGUGUUUUUUCUCAGUUGCCUGAGCAUUCUGUUUCUAAUAUGGUGCAGGAUUCCCAUGCUUACAGUGAAACUGUUAAUCCUUUAUUAUUGACAGAGCUGUCUGCAAACUGUUCUGCAAUGGAUACUACCAAUUUAUUGCAUACACCUAAGUUUUCAUCUUUUGAAUCUUCACCCAGGACACCUACACCUUUCAAAAAGGCCCUAGCUGAUUUAAAGGAAGAAGAUACUGAAUUUCAUAAUGCUGCUUCCAAUCUUCAAUUGGAUGAUAUUAGUGAUUUCGUAACUGAAAACAAUCCUUUCCAAGAAACUUCAGUUUCCUGCUAUGAUGUAAGUAUUAAUUCA